CCAAAAGCCCACACAAAACGAGCUUUUCACCCAAAACACCAAGCGGAUGUUGAAAAUCAACCAAAAACCUCAGUACAACCCUCAAUCUUCCUUCAACAAUGGCUUCUUUCGCAGCGGCAAGGUCAAUCCUCCGCUCAUCUACCGCCGCACGAUCCGCCGCCCCACGUUUCUCCGCCGCUGCAAAACCAAAAUCCAACCCAUUUUCUCCCUCCUCAUUCAACCUCCCAAAGCAAAAGACUCUCUCUGCCCCUCGCAUUUUCAGGUCUCCUGUUGAAUUGAGCUGCUGUGUUGAAUCGUUGAUGCCGUAUCACACUGCUACUGCCUCUGCGCUGCUCAACUCCAUGCUUUCUGCUGCGCCCCGAAGCGCUGGUUGGACUCCUGAGGGGAAAGACCAGACUAGAUGAAGAGCAAGCUAGCACAGAUGGGAAGACUCGUGGGGUUGAAUAUUAUGGAUGAUUUUUGUGUUGGCAUGGUGGUGAAUUGGCCGUAAUUUCUUUGGAUUGUGAUUUGGACUUUGUAUACCAGCUACUAGAGGCAUUCCAUUUCAUGAAAUAUAAAGGUUGCUGAAGCUAUUUAACUUCUGAGCAGGUUAACUCCGUCUGCUUUGUUACUUAUCUAAGAACAUUUUGUGUCCAACCGAAUAAAAUUAUUGUACAAUAUAAUUCCUUGCUUCUGAUUUGAUUCAAUUAUGUUAAUGAGUGUUUCAGACUGGGGUCUGAGGUCUAUUAUGUUCCACAUUUUAUUGUACACUAGGACAUUAGACAGUAUUAAUUUUUCUGGCUGUCCAGGAUUCAAGAAAUGAAAAUGCAGGCUAACUUUGAUCA